AUGGCAGUCAAUCAGGUUUUGAAAGAAAUCCUGAGUUCUCCAAAAAAUUUUUCAUUUGACAAAUUUGAUGAACAAGACGUGGUCGUUUUCACAGAACCAGACAACGAUCGCUCUUUCGAAGAGAAUCACCUAAAGCUACGAGAAGCAGUUUUAGCAGUUUUCAAUGCAGAAAAGGUCGACGAGAGCUUGGAAGCACUUUACAGACUACUGGUAAGAAAUAUUUUCCUUCAACUGGAUCAACAAAUUUUGGAAGAUGACCCUGACUUUCAUACGAUUUGGGAUUUGGGUUUGGCUUUGUUCCGCAAAUUAGUUGCAAUGCAUGACAAUAUUCAUACAAUUUAUGCCAUUAAAAUUGUCGAAAUGAUAUCUGCUGAGCGAAGUGGGAAUACGAUAGAAAAGAGUAUUCUCAAAUCUCUAACGUCUAUGUUCACAGAACUCAAUUUGUAUAUUGCUUAUCUGGAACCACGAUUUAUUGGCGAAACGGAAAGGUUCUACGAUCUUGAAGGUUUUGAAAGAACCGCUGAAAUGAAUAUAUCUUCGUAUGUCCAGUACGUUAAACGGCGUAUUAAGGAGGAAGAAGAUCUGGUUACAAUGUACCUCAAUAGAUCCACUCGCAAGUCUCUGACCAUUGUUCUUAACGAUGCACUGAUUACCAAACAAAUGCCUUUCCUCUUCUCCUCUCUGCAAAGUCUUGUAACAGACGAAAAUUGGCAUGACCUCAACCUUUUAUAUUCCCUUCUUUCUCGAGUUUCAAAUGGCGUUGAACGCUUGAGAGAAGAGUUCAAGAAAACGAUCCUUGCCGCAGGUUUGGAGAUCGUUCAAAACUCCGGGAAUUUGUCCGAAAAAGAUAGAGAACUAAUUCCGCGUCUAUUAAAAUUCAGAGACGCAUUGAAUGUUUGUGUUAAAGAGAGUUUUCAAUGUGACGCUUCUUGUAACCGCAUUGUUAAUGAUGCGUUUGAAGAGUUUAUUAAUCGGCGACCUAAUAAGCCAGCGGAACUUCUUGCGAAGUACAUUGACUUAAACCUCCGUGGAAAUAAACGAAGUCAAUUUGGAGAGGAUUUUGACAAAGAGAUAGAUAAUUUAAUGAUUCUCUUCAGGUACAUUAAUGGAAAGGAUGUAUUUAAAGCCUAUUAUGAAAACCUUCUCUGUAAGCGUCUCAUUUGUGGGCGCAGUGCUUCCGUUGAUGCUGAAAAAGCUGUACUUUCUCGAUUGAAAGAUGAAUGUGGUCCCGAAUACACUCGCGCAAUGGACCAAAUGUUCCGAGACGUUGAAGCAAGUGAAGAUCUGAGUGAGAAAUUUCAAAGAAGUCGACCUGACACUUACUCGAUCGAUUUUACCAUCUGUAUCUUAGCUCCAUCCGCGUGUUCCCAAAUGCCUAAAGAAGUGCCCAUUUAUCCAAAUGAGAUGAUUUCGAUUAAGAAUGACUUCGAUGAAUAUUACUUAUCCCAACGCAAAGGCAAGAAACUGACCUAUAUUCCGUAUUUUGGCUCUUGUAUCGUCAAAGCUCAUUUUCCAGAGACACCAAAAUUGCCAAAGGAAUUGCAGGUUUCAGAGUACCAGGCCUUGAUUCUGCUACUCUUCAAUGACGUUGAAGACGAAGGCAUCAGCUACGCUCGUAUCGCGGAAGCAACGGGAAUCCCUAAACAUGAUCUAGAUCGAGCCCUAAUCUCAUUCACUGCUACAAAGUCCCAGCGUGUGCUGAUUUCAAAACCCCUGACUACCGAUCUGAAGGACGAUACUAUGUUUUACUUUAACAAGCGCUUUACACAUAGCCUCACUCGUAUUAGGUUUAAUCAGAUCCAACUCAAGGAGACAAAAAAAGAACAUGAUGCGACUGAGGCUAGCAUUGUUAUGGAUCGCGCGGCGCAUGUAGAUUGCAUGAUUGUUCGAAUCAUGAAGACACGAAAAACGAUUGAACACGUUCAGCUCAUUGGUGAAGUCAUGAGACAGCUCAAAUUCCCUUACAAGCCGGUAGAUAUAAAGAAGAGGAUAGAAAUACUAAUCGGCCGGGACUUCAUCAGUCGAGAUUCUACUUUUACGAAUAAAUAUCACUACGUUGCUUAG